AUGGUGCUCUCAAAUGCUACUAAUGCAGUAAAGAUCUUUACGGAAGAUAUGCCUCUUGAAGAUUCACUGCCCACAAUCUAUUUAGAAGGAAGUCUCAUACUAUUGGUGUCUCUUAUUGGCCUGAUCUGCAAUUUUUUAUCGUUUUUGGUGAUGAUUCGUCACAGAACGUUUCGUAACUCCUUUGGCUACCUCACUGCUUAUCAUGCACUCUCUAAUGCAGCUGUUCUCUUCAUUUUCUUGGUAUGGGCUGUGCCAUGGACAAUUCUACCCAUACCACAGCAACUGCAUUCACUCAAUUUUCGGAUUGGACAACUUUCUUUAUUUUUUGUUGAGACUGCUUUCCAUUGUUGUUUGUGUAUGUCCGUCAAUAGGUUCAUAGCGAUCACUUUUCCAAUGCAAUAUAGGCAGAUCUUCUCUGACAAAAUUACUUCGAUUAUAAUUGUUUUUGUAACAAUUAUCAGCGCUCUUUAUUGGGGUGUCUACUUUUGGAAGGGCUGUGACUUCUACUUUGAUCACAAAUAUCGCGCUUGGUCAUUUGGAAGCGACUCAUGUAGUGUGUGGUUGUCUCAUCACAUUGACAUGGGCUACAAUGUCUGCUUAUUCUUGCUUGUUGGCCUUAUCGAUUUUGCUACUUUACUGCAGUUAAGAUCAAUGACAAAGACGAUUAUUCUACCAUACCUCGUUGCGAAAAUUUUCUGGGACCGUCACCAUUGUGUAAUGAUACCUUUGUUGGGAACCUCUGACGCCUAG